UCGGCUGGAACAUUGGCAAGUCGCGCUCGAUUCAAUACUUUCACUGAGCUCUAAGGUCACGCUUGCGCAACUAGACUGAGGUUUCGGAGUUGCUCGAGCGCAUUCCAUGGAUACAAGACAGCCUGCAUGUUUCUCUAUUGAAGAAUAGCUCGCUGUCAUACCUCGAAAUGGUAUGCGUGAUCGGAUUCGAAGGCUCGGCGAAUAAACUCGGUGUUGGUAUCGUGAGAGAUGGAGAAGUUCUGGCCAACCCCCGUGUUACCUAUGUUACACCACCGGGGGAAGGAUUCAAGCCCGGCCCGACCGCGAAACACCACCGCGAACACAUUAUAGAGGUGUUGAGGAAAUGUUUGGACGAGGCGAAAAUCUCACCAUCGGAAAUAGAUGCGGUUUCAUUCACUCAGGGUCCCGGCAUGGGCGCACCAUUGGUUUCAGUCGCCGUGGUAGCACGAACAGUCGCUCAGCUGUGGAAUAAACCUCUUAUCGGAGUGAACCACUGCGUGGGUCAUAUCGAAAUGGGAAGACUGAUCACUGGUGCAGACAACCCCACCGUCUUAUACGUCAGCGGUGGGAACACCCAAGUUAUAGCGUACGCUGCGCGGAGAUACCGGAUCUUCGGAGAAACAAUCGACAUAGCCAUCGGGAAUUGUUUGGAUCGUUUUGCGCGAGUCCUGAAGCUCAGCAAUGACCCGAGUCCAGGUUAUAAUAUCGAGCAGAUGGCUAAAAACGGCAAAAAGUUUGUUCCCUUGCCCUACGUUGUGAAGGGCAUGGAUGUCUCCUUCUCGGGCUUAUUGAGUUUCCUCGAAGAGAGAACGGAUAAACUUCUGAAAGAAGGUUACACAGCCGGAGAUCUGUGCAUGUCGCUGCAGGAAACAAUGUUCUCGAUGUUGAUUGAGACGACGGAGAGGGCGAUGGCGCACACAGGGAGUCAGGAAGUUCUCAUCGUCGGAGGGGUUGGGUGCAAUAAACGACUUCAAGAGAUGAUGGGUAUAAUGGCUGAGGAGCGGGGCGCGAAGCUUUUCGCAACGGAUAUGAGGUUCUGCAUCGAUAAUGGUGCCAUGAUCGCACAAGCUGGAUGUCGUAUGUUCGAGGCGGGGAUGUUCACUGGAAUUGAGAACAGUUCCAUCACGCAGAGAUUCCGAACGGACGAAGUUGAGGUGAAGUGGAGGGACUAGUCGAUAUCGCUGAUUUCCUGUUCCAUAAUCGAAAGAGAAUAAAGGCGGGGGCUCGCGGAUCGGAGCGCUGAUCACAGAAUUGUU